AAUUGCGUUUUGAUUAUCCGCCUUGAAACAUUUUUAUGUUGUGUUCAAGACUCAAGUGUUCAACAUUGAAUUUAAUAGUUUUAACUGUAUAAUUGUUUAAAUAAAAAAUAAAAUAGUCAACUGUGUAAAUAGUAUGGUAGACUGUAAUAGGUAUUAGGUUUAGAUAGUACCGCCCAACUGGAAACCAUUAAUGCUGAACGGAUUUUAAUAAAAUAAAAAACAAAAAACAAAUUCUGUAUUACAUAAAUGAAAUAAAAUAAAUCGUCUCGAAAAGAAAACGAUAGAUCCAACGUCAUGCGAUUCAACAACAGAGAAAUGAUUCAUAUUAGUCAUUCGAAUCCUGUUCUUGAAGGACGGAUGUCUUAUGCUAAAUUGUCUAAUGGAUAUUCAUCUAAAGGUUUCAAAGAAAGAUGGUUUCGACUCAAGUACAACCUAUUAUUUUACUUUAAAAUAAAUGGAUUUGGGCAAGUUGAUUUACAUCAACCAGCUGGUGUUUUUGUUUUGGAGAAUUCUAUUGUAAGACUUGAGAAUAAUAUGCCAGGAACAUUGUUUUCAUUUUCUCUUUCAUUUAAAGAUGAACCAGAUAAAAAGUACAUUAUUUCUAGUCAAUCUGAGGAUCAUGUUCAUCAGUGGAUCAAAUGUAUUCAAUGCUCAACGUACGAAUAUAUGAGGACCCGAAUGACGACGAUACAAAAAAAAAUCGUAGAGCUUACUGGAAGAGAUCCGCUGUUGAUGUAUCCGGAGGAAGGGAAGAAAAUUGGCCGGACGAAAAGAUCGGCGGCGGAUGGAGACGAUAAUGAUUUAUUUUUCAAUCUGCCGACGGAUCCACUACCUCCGCCCAGGCAAAAACAUGAUGUCUGCAAAACGGCCGAAUUGAACCUAAUCGAACUGUAAAGAAUCGUGUCUGUAAGUAGGUAUGUUAUGCGUGUAUGCAGAGAAGGGUUUUUUUUGCUGUUCACCAUCAUGCCGAUCGAUACUGGCUGGCGACCCGCGUGUAUCGAUGUACCUUUAUAUUUAUUUUGUAAUAUGCGUGCCGGUAGCUAGUGAUUUUGUGUUUUCAAAUUCAUUAAAUUAUACCUAUCGGGGUACAUGCCUUACCGUAAAAAUAUUUAUAUUAUUACUAUAUACAUGGUAUACCGCUGUUAACCCCGUUAUCGUAUAUUAUCAUACAUGUCGGCAGGGUGGUUUUAAAUUUACAACGGAAACGUAUUCACUUUUGGAAAACGUUUUCCUAGUUACACUGCGUCCCGAAUAAAUUCCUAUAUAAUACGUUAUUAUAUUAAAUUGCAACAUAUGGUUUCCAAUGUUUCCAUCAUUUUGUAUUGGUACCUAUAUUAUAUAAUAUACACGACAUACAUGCAUACAUAUUAUAUACCUAUAUUAAGUAACGCGAUUAUCAAAUAAUAUUUUAAUAUAUCGUAUUUUGUGUGUAUAAGAUGUAUGUAAAUGUAAGUGUUGUGUUUAUAACAUAAAUGUGUGCAAGGUAGUAUAAUAUUUUUUUUGGAUUUAUAUAUUGCUUGUUAUUGAUUUUUAGAUGUAUUAUUAUUUUUUUUUUUUUUGUAAGUUUGGAGAAGUUAUUAUUUUCUUUUGUAAAAGUAUAUACCUACUUCCUUUUUACCCAUAUAUAUUAUAUAAGUAUACACUUACUACGUUGCAAUUUAUUUAUCAGAUACUACCGGCAAACUGAAAACUCAGCAAUUGUGUUAAUAUAAUAAAUAUUUUUGUACGAUUA